UACAAGAAGAGAGGUGUCUUGGACUCUUUGAGACAUGAAGAAAUCAAACAAAAUACACAAACAACCGUAUUGAGCAAAAUACUGCACCAAUACAAUUAAUUGAUUAGAAAACUUUUCAAACAUACCAACACCCAAAAAAUAUAUAUAUAUAUAUAUAUUUGCGUUUUUUUUAUUAAGAACUUGUGUGUUUUAUGUCAAGUUGAGAAAUCUCUCUAUACUUCUAAUAUUUGGUUCAAAUAAUUAGUAGUGUGUUGUAAUACAACGUACGCAUAGAGAGAGUGAAACUUUAUAUACAGUGAUUAUGAAGGCUUCAAAAAACACACGGAGCGCUAUUGAUCCGCAGGUGGCUGGAUUUGUCUUUUAAAACUGUUUUUCGUAGAUAAUUGUGUAGAAGGUUGCAAUUGAAAUGGAUACGAAUAAGUCUGCUGCAAUUCGUGCUUUAAUGGGGCUAAAGUUCAUCAGCAAGAGCGAUGGUGACGGUGGAUGGGCCGUGGUGGAGAAGCGGUUCAAUGAACUCACGGCCUCUUCUACCGAUGGCUUGCUUCCUCGUUCUCUCUUCUGCCAUUGCAUAGGGAUGUAUGGGCAAUCGAAAGAGUUUGCAGGCGAGCUCUUCGAUGCGCUUGCCAGGAGGCGGAACAUAAAAGGUGAUUCGAUCAACAAGGCACAGCUAAAAGAGUUUUGGGAUGAAAUCUCAGAUCAGAGCUUCGACUCUAGGCUUAAUACUUUCUUCGACAUGAUUGAUAAAGAUGCAGAUGGCAGAAUCAGUAAAGAAGAUGUUAAAGAGAUUAUCAUCCUUAGUGCUUCUGCUAACAAGCUCGCGAAUAUCCAGAAACAGGCCGAGGAAUAUGCGUCCUUGAUCAUGGAAGAGUUAGAUCCAGAGAAUCAUGGAUACAUCAUGAUAGAAAAGUUGGAGAUGCUAUUGUUCCAACCUCCAAACCAUUUGGGGAUUGACAUCUCCGAACCCUCCACCACCAAUAGGGCCGCUGGUGGAAGCUUUGGCUCUGAUGACGACACCUAUCCGGAGAUCAACAUCGAAGUCGUAGAUGAUGACUCUGCCGCCAAGACCACCACUGAAGCCGAUGUUGAAGAUCCUGAGCUGUCUUUGCUGGCAAAAGGCCUGGAGAAGAUGUCUUCUUUUGGUUCCUCACAACGAAGGCAGGUGUCUCAAGAGCUCAAGCGGUUGGCUUUGUUUUCCAAACGAGCCCAUGCGAGUCGCUUUGACAGGACAAAAUCGGCUGCUGCUCAUGCUUUAAAGGGGCUCAAGUUCAUCAGCAAGACCGAUGGUGGCGCUGGAUGGGCCGUGGUGGAGAAGCGUUUCAAUGAACUCACCGCUUCUUCCACCGAUGGCUUGCUUCCUCGUUCUCUCUUCUGCGAAUGCAUAGGUAUGACGAAGGAGUCGAGAGAGCUUGCAGGUGAGCUCUUUGAUGCACUUGUCCGGAGGCGGAAAAUAGUGGGAGAUUCUGUCAACAAGGCACACUUAAAAGACUUCUGGGACCAAAUCACAGAUCAGAACUUUGACUCUAGGCUUCAAACCUUCUUCGACAUGGUUGAUAAAGAUGCGGAUGGCAGAAUCACUGAAGAAGAAGUCAGAGAGAUUAUCAGCCUUAGUGCUUCUUCCAACAAGUUCACAAAUAUCCAGAAGCAGGCUGGUGAAUAUGCAGCCUUGAUCAUGGAAGAGUUAGAUCCAGAGAAUCAUGGAUACAUCAUGAUAAAAAACUUGGAGAUGCUAUUGUUGCAAGCUCCAAACCAUUCUGCAAGAGGCGAAAGCCAGAACUUAAACCAAAUUCUGAGUCAGAAGCUUAAGCCUACUCGAGAGAACAACCCAUUAACGAGAAGGUAUCAGGACUUCAAGUAUUUCUUGCAGGAUAACUGGCAGAGGGCUUGGGUGAUAGCACUCUGGAUUGGGGUUAUGUUGGGGCUAUUUGCAUACAAGUUUGUGCAGUAUCGAAAUAGAGCAGCAUAUGAGGUAAUGGGUCAUUGUGUUUGUAUGGCAAAAGGUGCUGCCGAAACCCUGAAGUUGAACAUGGCUCUGAUUUUACUACCUGUCUGCCGUAACACCAUCACCUGGCUAAGAAACAAGACCAACCUAGGGGUCGCUGUUCCAUUUGAUGACAACCUUAAUUUCCACCAAGUAAUAGCAGUGGCAAUUGCAAUUGGGGUAGGGAUACAUGCGAUUUAUCAUUUAGCAUGUGAUUUUCCUCGCCUUAUUAACGAAGAUCAUGAGAAAUAUGAUGAGCUGAUGGAGAAAUAUUUUGGGGACCAGCCUUCAAGUUAUUGGCAUUUCCUAAAGGGAGUGGAGGGAGUGACAGGGAUUGUGAUGGUAGUGUUGAUGGCCAUAGCCUUUGCACUUGCGUCACCAUGGUUGAGGCGAGGAAGGCUCUAUCCGCCCAGACUUCUCAGAAAGCUCACCGGCUUCAACGCUUUCUGGUAUUCACACCACCUCUUCGUUAUCGUGUACACUCUUCUCAUUGUGCAUGGCAUCAAGCUUUACUUGACCCAUGAAUGGUACAAGAAAACGACCUGGAUGUACUUGGCAGUUCCAACUAUGCUAUAUGGCGGUGAAAGAUUCAUUAGAGCAUUUAGAUCUAGUAUCAAGCCUGUCAAGAUCCUAAAGGUGGCUAUUUACCCUGGAAAUGUUUUGGCAAUUCACAUGUCAAAGCCUCAGGGCUUCAAAUACAAAAGUGGGCAAUACAUGUUCGUCAACUGUGCUGCUGUUUCUCCAUUUGAGUGGCACCCAUUCUACAUUACUUCAGCCCCUAGAGAUGACUAUCUGAGUGUUCAUAUCCGAACUCUUGGUGACUGGACCCGACAACUCAAAACUGUGUUCUCUGAGGUGUGCCAGCCAACACCUAGAGGGAGAAGUGGACUCCUCAGAGCAGACUGUUUGCAAGGAGAGAACCCCCCAAACUUUCCAAGAGUGGUGAUUGAUGGUCCAUAUGGAGCAGCAGCACAAGACUACAAGAAAUACAAAGUGGUGUUGCUAGUAGCGUUAGGAAUCGGGGCAACACCAAUGAUCAGUAUUGUCAAGGACAUUGCGAACAACAUGAAGGCUAUGGAAGAAGAUAAUGCUUUAGAGAUAAAUGGAGUGGCUGGAUCAAGGAGUGGUGGCAAUAAUUUUAUGACAAGAAAGGCAUACUUCUACUGGAUUACAAGGGAACAAGGCUCAUUUGACUGGUUUAAAGGGGUGAUGAAUGAGGUAGCUGAAAUGGAUCACAAGGGAGUGAUAGAAAUACACAAUUAUUGCACUAGUGUCUACGAAGAAGGUGACGCUCGCUCGGCUCUCAUUGCCAUGAUUCAGUCACUCAACCAUGCCAAGAAUGGGGUCGAUGUUGUCUCUGGUACCCGAGUCAAAUCCCAUUUCGGCAAGCCUAAUUGGCGUGAUGUCUACAAACGCAUUGCCCUCAAUCACACUAAUGCUCGAGUUGGGGUGUUUUACUGUGGGCCACAAGCACUUACAAAGGAACUAAGAAAGCUAGCUUCAGAUUUCUCUCACAAGACGGCCACAAGAUUUGAAUUUCAUAAAGAAAACAUGUGACCACAAUGGAAGAGAAAUAAGGUAUGCAGAACCAGCAUAUCAGACAAAUCUCUAGAGUCCCACCACCAUUAUAACCCCAAUUUCUCUCAUGUAAAGUUAAAGUUGGUGUUCUUGGUUUUCAAGUACUACUUUUACAGCAUGAGUGUGCAGUUAUUAAUAGAGAAUUGUGACAGUGGAAUGGGGAAUGGUCCUGUUUGGAUAGAUGUCCAAGUCCACCUUUCACUAAACAUAUAUUGAUGAGGUAAAAGCCGUUUUGGGAUGAACAAAAUAUGUCAUCCUUCCAUCAGUAAAGCUAAUUAUGGUCGAAUAUAAGAUAUUUGUUGAUUCAUAAGAGGUAUAGAGAUGUGCAUAGCUACGGGGUUGUGAAAAUGGAAAAUACCAACCACCGAAAGAAGUAUUGCCUCUAAAAUUUAAUUGUAUACGUUUAAUACAUAUAUUUAUUAAACGUAUAGAAGGUUUGUGAUGAUUUCCCGUUUUCCAUUUUUUAUUUUAUUUUUAUUUUGAAGUCUUAA